AAAGUCAAAUAAUAAAAGAAAAGAUGGCAAAGACGUUUGGAUACCGUAGACAAGAAAUAGUGCAUAAGCAGCCGAGCACUGAAGACAUCUUGGCAAGAUGGCCAGCACUUUUUCAGAUGGAAGAGAUUAAUGCUGAGUUCAUGCGGGUGACAACAGUUCCCUUGGAGACAAAGUUCUUAGCGCAGUUGGACAAGCACACGUCGAAACUGCUGGAGGUCAUCAGGAGCAAGGGAGGACGUGUGAAAGAGCAGACCAAGGCAACUUUGCAGGUUUUAGAUGAGACUGUGGACAUCACAAUUAGAAGAGAGUGCAUCUUCAAAUCUUUGAUCUACCUUGGUGAACCUGUUCAUCACCUCAUUAAAGAAGUCCAGGAUAUGCAGGAAAAUGAAGACACCAUGGCAAUAGUCAGUGGAACUGAGGACAUUAAAAUCUUCAUUGAUGGAACAGAGGUCCUCAGAGAGGUGCCCACAAUAGUAACGGCUGUUGCUAUGUUCUUCGGGCUCACCUACGCACUCAACAUAAAGUAUCCCAAAAAACUGCAGUACACCCUUGAAUUUCUUCAAAGGGUCCUGAUGGAGCUUGGUGGGAAAAAGAUGUCCCCAAAAAUGCAUCGGCUGGUUACCCAGCUUUGCAGCCAAGAGUAGGCCCAAAUGCUGUUUGCUGCUUGUUCAUUUGAAAAUUCAUGUCUUGAAUGCAUGUCUACUGUUUGUAUUUGAGAUCAGUUUAUCUGAAAAUGUUUCCCUGUUGCUGUUUGUUCAACCAAAAA